AUGUCACAACAACUAGGGAUGCCCCCUCCCUAUUCCCGCUCUCGCUCUCAUACAGACCCUUCCAAGUCGAGCCCGUCACCAACAGAACCUCAAACCGCCGGAGCAAACCUCCAGCCCACACGCCCAUCGCAUGUCCGCUCGAGGUCCUAUCUCUCCCCCACUGAAACUAAACCUCGCAACGCUCUUACUCUCCCCGCCGCCUCAGCGCUGGAACGCACUGCUGAGCGUCUACAUCGAGUCCAUAUUCCGGGGUCAUCACACCUCCAUCAUCAUCGAAGCUCACAACACCAGCACUCCCGCUCGCAUUCACAUGCUCGCGGCAGCAAUGCCAGUGAUGUACCUUACAAAGGAGAUCACCGUCCAACCCAGUCCGACGGCUUGACGCACAAAACCUCCUUUCGCCGUGCACAGUCGAAGCAAUCCAAAGAUGCUCUCCCCCAUCUUCUUGCAGGGUUGAAUGCAGAGCGAGACAAGCGCAACCACCUCCAGCGCAUCAACACAAAUACAAAUGCACACACGCAUUCCAACGGCAGUUCCACCACUACAACAGGCCAGAGUGGUUCUAGUCUACAUCCACCUCUUGCGUCGCAGACGUCCGAGCAUGCAGACCGCCGUAACCUAGACGCUCGCCUGCGGGAGACAUCCGAGCCCUAUAACCGGCCCCAACCACGACAGAAGACUUCGUUCGAAGAGGCCCUAGACCGCGGCGACCAAGCACGGGUUGCACGACGCAUAUAUGUCAAAAAGGCCGACAUUCAGCGUCACGACGCCGAGAUCGCAGCGGCCGAGGAUGAAAUGCGUACGCGGAUUGCGAACAUGACGGCAAAGGGCGUGGAAAUUACCCGCCGUCUAGACUACGGGUACUACAACUUGCUCGAGACGAUCAACAGUCUUGUCGCUACGAUAACGAGUUUCCAGAGUCUUUCGGACCAAACGUCCCAGCUGAUCAUCAACUUUGACAAGGAGAGCGAGAGGCUGGAUCAAGAUACCAGCGGAAGAGUCGAGCGGUUCAAGCGCGAGUUUGAGGUCCGGAAUGCCAAGGCCGAGCAGUUGUCAGCAAGAGGGAAGAAGGUCAACGAGCGAGCAGAGGAUCUCAGUCUGCGGUUGGAGAAUGCGAGAGUUGUCUUGAAGAACUGGGAACGCAAAGAGGAUGAGAUGCGCAAGGUAUGGUUCCGCGUGGGCAGGGUGGGAUGGUAUCUAAGUCUUCUCGUUGUGAUUUCGGUCCUAGCAUUCGUGGUGGGCAAGGAGUCCUUGUCCAGACGAGGUGGAGUGCAUGGCGAAUCGACGGGUGAUACGCGUGGGGCGUGGAAUGGAAGCAUAGAUCUCCCGACCGUCGACGUUACGCUGCUAUCGGAGACUCCAGGCGUGCCGGACGACGUAAAACGAUUGAUCGAGGGUGCUGCAGAGAGGAACAAGGCGAGGAACCAUGGUUCGGCCCCUGGCGCGGAGGAUGACGGGGGCACGACGAUGAAGAUUGGGAAGGACGCGAAAGUGGUCAACGUGGACGAUCCACGCUUCAGAGUGUGGGAUGAGUUAUAA